GAAAAAGAUGAGGGUUAUAGUAAUCUAUAAGAAGGAGAAAAAGAAGAAGGUGUGCGAGCCCGGCGGCCAUUGUUGGUCGGGCAAAAUUCAUACUUCUGGCGUAUUCGAUGGAGAAGGAAAUGGAAAGAGCGUAUUCCAUGGAUGAUAAAAGCUCUCAUUAUAGUAUUACUAGUGCCAUUCUUCCUUCUCUUGGCGCACAUAGCAAUCGCAAAAUCAAACUCCGUCGCUACAUCAUCUCCCCCUCUAAUCCCCGUUACAGGGCUUGGGAUACAUUUUUGGUGCUACUUGUAUUCUACACAGCAUGGGCGUCACCUUUUCAGUUUGGAUUUCUAGACAAACCUCGAGGAGUUAUUGCCAUCUUAGAUAACAUAGCUAAUUCAUUUUUUGCCAUUGACAUUUUCCUCACAUUCUUUGUUGCCUAUCUUGAUAAAUCAACUUACAUUAUGAUUGAUGAUCCAAAGCGGAUCGCUUUGAGGUACACAAAAUCCGGGUUUGUGUUUGAUGUGAUAUCUACCAUCCCUUCCGAACUUAUUCGUAAAGCAUUGCCCUACUUUCUUCAAUCAUAUGGAUACUUUAGUAUACUUCGUCUCUGGCGUCUCAGAAGAGUCAGUGCCAUGUUUGCCAAAUUGGAGAAAAACAGGAAGAUCAGUUACUUUGGGGUUCGAGUACUGAAGCUUAUAUGUGUGACUCUUUUUGCUGUUCAUUGUGCUGGCUGCUUCUACUACUUUCUUGCUGCUCGGAAAGAAGACACAAGUAAAACAUGGCUUUCACUUGCCAUUGGAAAUUCUCAUGAUAGGAGCAUCGGAGAUCUCUAUGUAAUGUGUAUGUAUUGGUCCAUUACAACGCUUACAACAACUGGCUAUGGGGAUUUGCACGCUGUAGCUACAGAGGAAAUGAUAUUCACCAUGAUUUACAUGUUAUUCGACCUCGGGUUGACUGCAUAUCUUAUUGGAAACAUGACCAACUUGGUUGUCCAUGGAACCAGUAAGACUAGGAAAUUUAGGGAUACUAUUCAAGCUGCCUCAAGCUUUGCACAAAGGAAUAAGCUGCCGGUUCGCCUUGAAGAACAGAUGAUAGCUCACUUGCGUUUGAGGCACAGAACAGAUUCAGAAGGUCUUCAGCAGCAAGAAACUCUUGAAACACUACCCAAAGCUAUUCGAUCUGGCAUUUCACAUUAUCUAUUCUAUUCACUGGUGGAUAAGGCGUACUUAUUCCAUGGGGUAUCAAAUGACUUACUUUUUCAACUGGUUUCUGAGAUGAAGGCCGAGUAUUUCCCUCCAAAAGAGGAUGUCAUUUUGCAAAACGAAGCACCUACAGAUCUGUACAUUCUGGUAUCUGGAGCAGUGGAUCUUAUAUCACAUAAGAAUGGAAUGGAUCAGGUAGUUGGCGAGUUGAAGAUGGGGGAUGUUUGUGGAGAAGUUGGUGUCCUUUGCUGUAGGCCUCAACUUUUUAAUGUUCGAACCAAAAAAGUAUCCCAACUGCUACGCUUGGAUCGUAGUUCAUUUUUCAACCUCGUUAAAGCAAAUAUAGGAGACGGGACAAUAAUCAUGAACAAUCUCCUUCAGCAUUUGAAAGAGCGAAGGGACCCAAUGAUGACAGCAAUAUUAGCAGAUAUAGAACAUAUGCUGGCUCAGGGAAGAAUGGACAUGCCUAUUAGCUUAUGUUUCGCAGCAAACAGAGGAGAUGAUCUUUUGUUGCACCAAUUGCUAAAAAAGGGUAUGGAUCCUAAUGAAUCUGAUAGCAAUGGACGUACGGUGUUGCAUAUAGCCGCUUCAAAAGGAAGUGUUGAAUGUAUUCUUCUACUUCUCGACUUUGGAGCAAAUCCAAAUAGAAAAGAUUCUGAAGGAAAUGUCCCAUUGUGGGAUGCAAUGGUGAGGAAGCAUGAAGCUACGGUAAAAUUGCUUGUGGACAAUGGUGCAAUGAUAUCUUCAGGAGACGUAGGUCAGUUUGCUUGCUUUGCAGUGGAGCAAGGCAACUUAGACUUGCUUAAGGAGAUCAUCAAGUAUGGAGGUGAUGUCACCCUUCUUAACAGCCUAGGCACGACAGCAAUGCACACUGCUAUAUCUGAGGAGAAUGUGGAAAUAGUUAAAUACCUGAUGGAACAAGGAACUGACAUUGAUAAACCAGACGUUCACGGUUGGACACCUAGAGCAUUGGCUGAAUAUCAGGGCCACGAAGAGAUAAAGGAGCUUUUCAACUUGAUGCAACCAACUAGUAAAGAAACCAAUGUCUGUCCUCCUGAAGCUCCUGGUGCUCCCUACCUUACCAAGUAUCAAAGUGAUCCCACAAUUCAUCUCUUCACUCCUGAAGAAACAACAUCACUAUCUAGAGAAACUGGCUCCUCCAAUGGCAGAUUGAGGAGAAGGGCUAGUUUCUUUCAGAAUUCACUGAUAGGAUUUGUGUCUGCACGCCAGAGACACCAUGAAGGAGGAGGUGGCCCGGAUUAUUCUUCAACUAAAAUUGCCAAUUCAAGAAUUCCAAGCAGAAUAACCAUCGGUUGUCUAGAGAAAGCUUAUAUAGGUAGAAGGGUUGUUCUUUUGCCGGAUUCCAUUCAAGAGUUACUUGAUAUCGGUGCUGAGAAAUUUGGCAUCUCUCUCGCGAAAGUACUAACAGAAGAUGGUGCAUUGAUUGAGGACAUUGCAGUAAUAAGAGAUGGAGAUCAUCUAGUUCUUGCUACUACUUCAGAACAACCUUAAACACAGCUCAAUCGUACAUAUUACAGAAAUGACUCUGAUUUGACCUGUAAAUUUUGUGCUCGUCAUUUUGGAUAGUAGAUGAUAGAUCACUUACAAGGCAAUACAGAGAUAUUUUAGUCAUUGGAAAGUUGGAAGAAAAAGGACCAGAGGGUGUGGGGGGAGGAGAGAAUAUGUAUAAAAUUUUACUUUACAGAUAACAAAUUUCUCUUCAAUUAUUCAGAAUUCUUAUGCACGUAAUAUGCGUCAAUAAAUUUGAUUGAUUUC